GGGGCGCUGAGUGGUGGGCCUCGGGGCUCCUCGGGCCGCGCCGCGCCGCAUGUCGAGUUGCUGUCGCGUCACGACCCGGCGCUCGCGACCGUUGGAGGGGGGCGCGGGGGGUGGGGAGCGGGGAGAAGACGGUUCGUUGGCCAGACGCUCCGCGCCGCACGGAGGAGGAGGAGGAGGAGAAGGAGAGCGGCGGCCGGGUCCUGUUCCACGGCCCCGCGGGACACUUAGUCUUUAUCACUCUGGUACACCAGGGGUUGGAAAAACCACACUAGGCAAAGAACUUGCAUCAAGAUCAGGCCUGAAGUACGUUAAUGUGGGAGAUCUAGCUCGAGAAGGGCAGUUAUACGAUGGUUAUGACGAGGAGUAUGGCUGUCCUAUUCUAGAUGAGGAUAGGGUCGUUGAUGAGUUAGAGCAUCAGAUGCGAGAGGGCGGCGUGAUUGUUGAUUACCACGGCUGUGACUUCUUUCCUGAACGCUGGUUUCAUAUAGUGUUUGUGUUGAGAACAGAUAAUGGUAUAUUGUACAAACGACUUGAAACAAGGGGUUACAAUGAGAAGAAACUACAAGACAAUAUUCAGUGUGAGAUUUUUCAAGUUCUUUAUGAAGAAGCCAUAGCAUCUUACAAAGAAGAAAUUGUGCACCAGCUGCCCAGUAAUGAACCGGAACAGCUAGAGGACAAUAUCAACCAAAUCUCAAAAUGGAUUGAGCAGUGGGUCAAAGAUCACAACCCUUAACUUAGAGAGUGGGUAGCCAGGCACCACCACCGUACACACCUUGAGUCCCAGAUCUUAGGAGGCAGCAGCUGGUCUCCAUUAUGAGUUCUAGGCCAGCCAGGGCUGCAUAGUAAUACUCUAUUUCAAAGAAAAAGAAAAAAGAAAAAAAGCCUGACUACAGUCACUCAGUCCACAUAAUAGAAACGCCCAAGGAUGAGCAGGAGAAAGCUUGUGCUGCAGCUGCAGCUGCUGCCUGGAUUUCUUUUUCUCCAUGAGAAAGCUUAAACAAUCUCAGAUAUAUGAAUAUAACUUAUUAAAGGUUGAAAAUUGUCUUCAAUUUGAAAUGAUAAUAAAUCUGAUCAAUGGGUACAUAUCUCUUUAAAAUUUAGUCAGUAAAAUGUAGGUGAUCUCUUAAAAUAAAAAUAGAAAAUUAAAGAUA